AUGGAACCCAAUAAUAAUAAUAGUAAUAGUAAUAGUAAUCAAAGGUACGAUAAUGAUAAUCGUAGUACCACAACACCCUCUUAUUAUCGUCAUGAUGAUAGGACGAGUAGGUCAUCAUCAAACGAUAAUAGAAGAGAUAGAUCUAAAAGAAAUGAUAGCGAUGGUGAAGAUGACAACAACAACAACAGAAAUUAUCGUUCAUCAUCAUAUUCCUCUUCGUCCACCUCUUCUUCAAGAUAUAAUAAUCAUCAAAAUAAAAGUAAUCAUUACGACCCUUAUAAACGAACUAAUAAUAAUCGAAAUAAUAAUAAUAGUCAACGUGAUAAUCAACGUAGUAAUAAUAAUAACAGUGAUAGUAAUAGUAAUGGUAUGGUCAAAGAUAACCUUGACCAAAAAGCAUCAACAACAGUAAACAGUAAAUUUUAUGGAUCUGUUCCUGAUGUAUUAUUAAGUCAACAGGAAACCGAUCCAUUAAAACUACAAUCUAGACAAAAAGAUAUUGAUUAUGGAAAGAAUACGAUUGGAUAUGACAACUAUAUCAAUACAGUACCAAAAGACCAACGAAAAAAAGGUCAUCCAAUGACACCAUCUAAAUAUCAAUCUUGUAGUCGUAGGUCUUGGGCUGCACAAAUUAAAAUAUGGAGAAAAGCUUUACAUCAAUAUGAUCCAGAAGGCCAUACUGGUGAUGAUGAUGACUACAAUCGUGAUAAUGAUGUCAACAACAAUCGUAAUAAUGAAACCAAUCAAAAUGGUGGUGAUGGUGUUGUUGAACAAACAAAUAUUGAUGAACAACAAGAUGGAGAUGAUCAAGGUGGAUAUGAAAACUUACAAGACCAAUUACUAGAAAAUCAAAAUUUACUAUUAUCUAUGAUGGCUACAACUGAACCACCAUCAACAAAUCAAUAA